CCCCCCCCCCCCUACAGGAAACCGAUGAACAAUAAAUGUAAUCACACUAGAUUCUCUCCGAAGUCUUCAUAUCAAUCUUCUCUUUUUCCCUUUUGGUAGGAGCGAAAUCGUCGUUUCUGAGGAGAAAUUGGAGAUGGGUUUGAUUCAAAAUCUCUGAAAUACAGUCCUUACCCCAGGAAAUGGGAGAAGAUUCAGAGGAAUCGAAGCCCAGUAUUGGUAAAGCAAUCGAAUCGAUUUCUUCUUUGAUCUCUCUUUCUCACUCCAUCAAACCCUUCUCUGUGAAAUGGCAGCUGGUUCGGAGCAAGCUCGAGGAGCUUUACUCUGGGCUCACCGCCGUCGAGAAUCUCGAUUCGAGCUUCAACCCAUCUCUCUCAAGCCUGGUUGCUGACGUUUUGGGUUCUCUCGAGGAGUGCCACGACCUCGCGUCGCGGUGUUUGAACGUUUCUUACAGUGGGAAGCUUCUGAUGCAGAGCGAUUUGGAUGUCAUGUCGGGGAAAUUCGACCGCCAUGCGAAGAAUCUCGCUCGGAUUUACUCUGCUGGGAUUCUGAGUCAUGGGUUCGCAAUCGUUGUGUCCAAGCCUAGUGCUAAUGCUUGCAAGGACGACAUGAGGUUUUACAUCAGAGAUUUGCUUACGAGGAUGAAAGUUGGGGAUUUGGAGAUGAAGAAGCAAGCUUUGAUCAAACUGAACGAAGCCAUGGAAGAGGAUGAUAAGUAUGCGAAGAUAGUGAUCGAGAUUAGCGAUAUGGUGAGUGUUCUUGUUGGGUUUCUGGAUUCCGAGACGGGGAUUCAAGAAGAAGCAGCGAAAGCUGUGUUGUUUAUUUCUGGGUAUGGUUCGUACAAAUCUGUGUUGAUUCGUUCAGGAGUGAUUGGUCCGUUGGUGAGAGUCUUGGAGAAUGGAAAUGAGUGUGGCAAAGAAGCGUCCGCAAGGUGUUUGAAGAAAUUAACCGAUAACUCGGAUAAUGCUUGGUCUUUUUCUGCUCAUGGUGGCGUCACUGCAUUGUUAAAGAUCUGUUCUUGCGGUGAAUCUAAUGGUGAAUUGAUCGCUAGUGUUUGUGGCGUGUUGAGGAAUCUCGUUGGCGUUGAAGAAAUGAAGAGGUAUAUGAUCGAAGAAGGCACGGUUUCCACGUUCAUCAAGCUUAUAGGAUCAAAAGCCGAGAUCGUUCAGGUAAAUUCUAUCGAUCUCUUGCUGAGUAUAUGUUCUAAAGACGAACAAACCCGCGAAAACUUGGUUAGGGAAGGAGGAAUCAUCGAACUAGUGCGUGUAUCCGAUCCUAAUUCACCGUCCUCUUCGAAAUCUAAGGAAAUGGCAUUGAGGGCCAUUGAGAAUCUGUGUUUUGGGUCUGUUUGUUGUUUGAAUGCACUCAUGAAUAGCCUGUUCUUGGAUCAUAUUCUCUAUCUUCUAAAGAAUGGGGAGAUUUCUGUUCAAGAAUCCGCCUUAAAGGUCACUUCCAGGCUCUGUAGUUUACAGGAAGAGGUCAGAAGGAUAAUGGGCGAUGCAGGUUUCAUGCCCGAGCUUGUUAGAUUUCUCGGUGCGAAAUCAAUGGACAUUCGAGAAAUGGCAAGUGAGGCAUUGUACAAUUUGAUUUCGGUCCCAAAGAACAGGAAGAAGUUCUCGCAGGAUGACCGAAGCAUGGGCUGCAUUCUGCAGUUGCUUGGUCGGGGAGAAGGGCCUAACGAGAGUAGUAACGAUUCGGGUAACAAGAAGUUAUUGAUAUCUAUAUUGAUGUCUUUGACAAGCUGCAAUAGUGCAAGAAGGAAGAUUGCGGCUUCAGGGUACUUGAAAAGCAUAGAGAAACUAGCUGAAACAGAAGGUUCGGAUGCUAAGAAACUUGUCAAGAAGCUCUCCAAGAACAGAUUCCGCAGCAUAUUGAGCGGUCUCUGGCAUUCCUAAAAGAUUUUUUCUUUUUUCUUUUUUAACUUUUAUUUGUGAAAUUUUUGAGUGUAUAUUUUUGGAAAGGUGUUGAUGGUAGUUUUCUUGUCUAUGAAUUCUAAUCCCAUGUGGCCUCCGAUUUCCACUUCUCCUAUACAUAUCUUUAUAACAUC